AUUCUCAAUUACUUGACGGCUGACCUCUCGCACGACGAUUUUUCCUCUUUCAUAAUCAUCAAUCUCUGGUUUCAAAUCCGCAGGCCGAUCGGUAAUCAGUCAGAAAGGAGAUUUCUGAGGGCCGAGGAGACGAGUAAAAAAUCUAGAGAUGACUACUGCAGCUCGACCUACAUGGGCACCGGCUAAAGGUGGAAACGAACAAGGUGGCACUCGAAUUUUCGGCCCCUCCCAGAAAUAUUCCUCCAGAGACAUCGCUUCUCAUACGACCUUGAAACCCAGAAAGGAAGGACAGGAUACUCAUGAUGAAUUGCAAAGGAGGAAUCUCAGGGAUGAGUUGGAAGAUCGUGAAAGGAGGCAUUUUUCAUCAAAGAAUAAGUCAUAUGAUGAUAGAGAUCAUAGGAAAGGAAGUCAAUUUCUGUUAGAAGGAGGAAAGAGAGAUAUUGAAGAUCGUAUUAUUCCUCGAAGUUUAGAUGCUGACGAUUCUGAUGUGGAUGUCAAAAGUGAUAAUGAGAGUGACGACGACGACGACGACAACGAUGAUGAGGAUGAUACUGAAGCUCUCUUGGCUGAGCUUGAGCAAAUAAAGAAGGAAAGAGCAGAGGAGAAGCUUCGAAAGGAAAUACAAGAGCGAGAGGAAGAGCUUAAAGUGAAGGAAGCAGAGUUACUCCGAGGAAAUCCACUGCUUAAUGAGCAACCCUCCUCUUUUAGUGUCAAAAGAAGAUGGGAUGAUGAUGUUGUAUUCAAGAACCAGGCCCGAGGCGAAACAAAGACCCCUAAGCGUUUUAUAAAUGAUACCAUCAGGAAUGACUUCCACCGAAAAUUCUUGCACAAGUACAUGAAGUAACAUGGUUAUCAAAAUCCACCGGAGCGAGAUCCAAGUAACAAUUCUAUGUAUCAUAAUGUAUUGAAAGUGAUGGACAUUUGUUUGAGCACAAUAUCAAAUCUCAACCUUCAUGUUACAGCUUUUAUAAAGUAUGUAUGCCUUGGAUAUUUCAGUCUGUCCUCUGAAUUGAAUGAAGUACAAGGAUUCGAAACUUGACUA